AAGGAGUCCAGGCUGCGCUGGAGUCGAAUAUCGAAGACAUCGGAUCUCGUUUGGACCAUGCCAAAGAGCGCGCACGAUCCGCAUCUUGGGACAAGGAGAUUCAGAAUGUAAACUCACAGAUCCGCGACCUUGAGGAUGAGAGCUCGCGCUUGAAUACCGAGCUCAUUGAGGCGACAAAGAAGGCUGGUGAUUUGGCUCGACUAGACCACCUCAAGAAGGAGUUGAAGGAACGAGAGCGCAGUUUGGAGACGAUGAAAGGAGCCCAUGGGGAACGACUAACGAAAUUUGUGAACGCCAACUGGAGCCCCGAAUCUAUAGAGCAGGAUUACCAGCACGUCAUAGAGGAGGAAUCCAGACAUGUCUCAAGGGCAGAGCGCGAGCGUGAUGGAGUCAGCAGAGAACUCGAGCAGGUGGAGUUCAAAAUGAAGGGCGUCAGGAAAACAUUAAGUCAGCGACAGAAGGAGCUAAAGGAGUGCAUUAAAGAGAUCCGCGAUGCCGUCGAUGACGAACCGGAAGAAUACCCCGAGAUCCUAAAAGAGCGUCAAGCUCAGCUUGAUCUAGCCAGGAAGGACGCUGAACAAUACGCUGGAGUCAGCAAGUACAUGGCUGACUGUCUCGAAACAGUGAAGUCAGCAAACAUGUGCAGAUUAUGCAUGCGGACUUUCCGAACCGAAAACGAGCUACAGACCUUCAGGAACAAGUUAGAGGGGUUAGUGAAAAGAGCGAAAAGGGUGAUGGAGGAUGACGAUAUACCCCGUCUUGAAGAGGACCUUAAUACUGCCCGCGAGGCCAGCACAGCCUACGAUACCUGGUGUCGGCUGAAGCAGACAGAAAUCCCAGAUCUGGAGAAAGAGGAAGAAGAGUAUAUUGCUCAACAAGACAAGCUCUUGAGCCAAUUGGAAGAGAACGACAAGAUAGUCAGCGAAAAGGCCGAUAAAAAGAAAGAGGUCGAGUCGUUGUCAAAGACGGUCAAUACUAUUGUCAGAUACGACAGUGAAAUCAAGGCCAUACGCUCUCAAGUCCAGGAAUUGUCUACGAAACAGCAAGAUACAAACGCCUCUCGCACACUGGAAGAUAUCCAGGACGAAAUUGCGGGAAUCGGCGAAAAGUCCCGAACCUUGAAGAAGACUUUGUCGAAACUCACCCAUGAGAAGGAGCAAACAUUGUCUGAGAUGAACAAACUGGAGCUACAGCUCAGGGACGUCAAGAGUAAUCUCGACAACGUGAAAUUCAAGCUUGAGCGGAAGGCGGACCUCCUGGCUCGCAUUGAGGAGUACAAAAACCUCAACAACCAACAACGCGAAGCAAUUGCAAAGGCGGACAAGGAGAUUGAAGAUCUAACGCCUGAACUCCUCAAGGUUCAAGCCAAGUACGACGAUAUCAGCCAGCGUGCUGAAGCGCGUGAAAAGGACAUGCAGCAGGAGAUCUCAAACCUCUAUGAGAAUGUACACCAACUUGAACUGGCUAACGAGGAGAUCGACGCCUACAACGAGCGAGGCGGCCCUCAUCAACUAGAGCGGAGCAAGCGUGAACUGCAGAGCAUCGAGAACGAGAUCAGCAAUCUCGAAGUCGAGCAGGCCAAUAUUACUAAAGAAAUCAACAAGAUUUCCGCCCAACUUAAGGACAGCGAAAACACCAAGCGUCAAUACGCAGAUAACCUCACAUACCGCCAGGCGACCCGAUCACUCGACGAAGUGACCGAAGAGAUCGAACAGCUGGCGGCCCAAAACGCUGAAGUUGACCGAAGCCGCUUUAAAGAAGAAUCCGAGCGCAGGGCACGAGAACACAACGCGCUCGCCGCCAAACAAGCCAGCAAAAUGGGCGAGAUGAAAUCCAAAGACGACCAACUGAUGCAGCUCCUCGCAGACUGGAACACCGACUACAAAGACGCAGCAAGCAAGUACAAAGAAGCUCACAUCAAAGUGGAAACAACCAAAGCCGCAGUGGACGACCUAGCGCGGUAUGGCGGCGCCCUCGACAAAGCCAUCAUGAAAUACCACGGGCUCAAAAUGGAAGAAAUCAAUGCCAUCAUCAGCGAGCUCUGGCAAAAGACCUACCGAGGUACAGACGUCGACACGAUCCUCAUCCGCUCCGACAACGAAAACGCCAAGGGCAAUCGCUCCUACAACUACCGCGUCUGCAUGGUCAAACAAGGCGCAGAAAUGGAUAUGCGCGGCCGCUGCAGUGCCGGUCAAAAGGUGCUAGCAAGUAUCAUCAUCCGACUCGCUCUUGCGGAGUGCUUCGGUGUUAACUGCGGUUUGAUUGCUCUUGAUGAACCUACGACGAAUCUUGACCGCGAUAAUAUUCGCUCGCUUGCGGAAUCGCUUCAUGAUAUCAUCAGGACUAGACAGCAGCAGGCGAACUUCCAGCUUAUUGUCAUUACCCAUGACGAGGAAUUCUUGCGGCAUAUGCAGUGCGGUGACUUUAGUGACUACUAUUAUCGGGUUUCGAGGAAUGAGAAGCAGAAGUCGAUUAUUGAGAGGCAGUCUAUUGCUGAGGUUAUGUGAUGUGGUCACUCUUCGAGUUUCCGAAUAUGCUAUGAACUGCAAGUCUCCCCCUAUGGAAGGAAGGGCGGUUUUAUCAGCAAUCUUAUGGUUACGUUCUAUGUAAAAUUACCUGGUAUUUGAUAUGGUUACCGAGCAUGAGGCGGCGUUGGGGAAUCAGAAAAGAAGACUUUAUUGCUU